GGCCGGCGGUGGUAAAUGGAGGCGGUCCGCUGCGGCACGGCGCGCCCCUGUAGGCUACUCCACUCGCCUGGGUGAGUCGUGGGCGCGGCGGGCGGUGCGAUUGGCCGCUUGGCGGCGGGGGGGCGGGUCCCGGCGGCAGCGGCCUCCCGGGGCUGGGGUCCGUCUCGGCGGCAGCAGCGGAAGUCUCGCGAGGGAGCGUAGCCGGGAUUUGGCGGCUGGCUGCCUCCCUCUCGCUGGCUGCGAGGAGCUGGUGUUUGUGUGGAAGGGGGAGGAGGAGGAGGAGAAGAAGGAGGGGAAGCGAGAGGAGCCCGAGCCCCACCAUCCGCCGAGGGGAGCGGACCGGAGCCCCCUCGCCGCCCGCGGAGCUCUCUCCCCCCCGCCCUCGCCCCGCCAUGGCCUCGGGAGACACCCUGUACAUCGCCACGGACGGCUCGGAGAUGCCGGCCGAAAUCGUGGAGCUGCACGAGAUCGAGGUGGAGACCAUCCCGGUGGAGACCAUCGAGACCACCGUGGUGGGCGGCGAGGAGGACGAGGAGGAGGAGGAGGAGGACGAGUGCUGCGAGGAGUGCGGCCCGCACCACCCGCCCCAUCACUACCACCACCACCAGCCCAUGAUCGCGCUGCAGCCGCUGGUCUCGGACGGGGACCCCAGCGGGGCGGGCGGCGGCGCGGCCGGCGGCGGCGGGGGACAGCUCCACCUGCACCACCACCACCAGGAGGUGAUCCUGGUGCAGACCCGUGAGGAGGUGGUAGGGGGAGACGACUCGGACGGACUGCGGGCCGACGACGGCUUUGAGGACCAGAUCCUCAUCCCGGUGCCGGCCCCCGCCGGGGAGGACGAGUACAUCGAGCAGACCCUGGUCACCGUGGCCGCCGCCGGCAGCAAGAGCGGAGGCGGCGGCUCCUCCUCGGCCGGCGGAGGGGGCCGCGUUAAGAAGGGCGGCAGCGGCAAGAAGAGCAGCAAGAAGAGUUACCUGAGCGGGGGAGGCGGCGGCGGGGCCGAGGGCGGCGGCGGCAGGAAAUGGGAGCAGAAGCAGGUGCAGAUCAAGACCCUGGAGGGGGAGUUCUCGGUCACCAUGUGGGCCUCGGAUGAUAAAAAAGAUAUUGACCAUGAAACAGUGGUGGAAGAGCAGAUCAUUGGAGAGAAUUCUCCUCCAGAUUACUCAGAGUACAUGACAGGGAAGAAACUUCCUCCUGGUGGAAUACCCGGCAUUGACCUCUCAGACCCCAAACAACUGGCUGAAUUUGCUAGAAUGAAACCAAGAAAAAUUAAAGAAGAUGAUGCUCCACGAACGAUAGCUUGUCCUCACAAAGGCUGCACAAAGAUGUUCAGGGACAACUCUGCCAUGAGGAAGCAUCUGCACACUCAUGGCCCUCGAGUACAUGUAUGUGCAGAAUGUGGCAAGGCCUUUGUGGAGAGCUCAAAACUAAAGCGGCAUCAGCUAGUUCAUACCGGAGAGAAACCCUUUCAGUCACAUGAGCUUCUGCCACCAGAGGUCCCCUGCCUACUUCAUAUGAUACUCCUUAUAAAUCUUCUUUACAGUGUACGUUUGAAGGAUGUGGAAAGCGUUUUUCACUGGACUUCAAUUUACGCACACAUGUGCGAAUUCAUACUGGCGACAGGCCCUAUGUUUGCCCAUUUGAUGGCUGCAAUAAGAAGUUUGCGCAAUCAACUAACCUGAAAUCUCACAUCUUAACACAUGCUAAGGCCAAAAACAACCAGUGAAAGUUGGAGGAGAAAGUUCUUGAACUCAAAGCAUCUUACAGGAGUAUGAAUUGGAAAUAAAUAUGCCUCCCCUUUGUAUAUUGUUUCUAGGAAAGAAUUUUAAAAAAAGAACCCUACAAACCUAAAGGACGUGUUUUGAUAAGUAGUAAAUAAAAAGCAAAAAAAAAACCCCACAAAAAAAACUUUAAGGUGACAUUGCUAAGAUGCUCUACCUUGCUCUGUAAUCCCGUUUCAAGAACACGGUGUUUUGUAAAGUGGCCUCAACCGGAGGGGUCAGUUCAUGAACUUGCAUCAGAAAAGACAAUUCUUUAUACAACAGUGCUAAAAUUGGACUUCUUUUCACGUUCUUAUAAAUAUGAAGCUCACCUGUUGCUUACAAUUUUUUUAAUUUUGUAUUUUCCAAGUGUGCAUAUUGUACACUUUUUGGGGAUAUGCGUAGUAAUGCUAUGUGUGAUUUUUCUGGAGGUUGAUAACUUUGCUUGCGGUAGAUUUUCUUUAAAAGAAUGGGCAGUUACAUGCAUACUUCAAAAGUAUUUUCCUGUAAAGAAAAAAAGUUAUAUAGGUUUUGUUUGCUAUCUUAAUUUUGGUUGUAUUCUUUGAUGUUAACACAUUUUGUAUAAUUGUAUCGUAUAGCUGUAAUGAAAUCAUGUAGUAUCAAAUAUUAGAUGUGAUUUAAUAGUGUUAAUCAAUUUAAACCCAUUUUAGUCACUUUUUUUGGAGAAAUACUGCCAGAUGCUGAUGUUCAGUGUAAUUUCUUUGCCUGUUCAGUUACGGAAAGUGGUGCUCAGUUGUAGAAUGUAUUGUACAGGCACUGACCUUUUAUUAACACCUGAUAAUAUGUACAUCCCAUGUAAUAGAAAGGGCAACAAUAAAACAGUGGUCCUAAAGAAAGAAUAUGGCAGAAAAUGAUCUGUAAGCACAGUCUAUUUUCUUUUGUUGUCCAGAGCAGUCCUAGUUCCUCUUGACCUCCCAGAAAUUGGAAGCUAAAUAAACUCAAGUUUCCUUUACUUUGCAUUCAGUUACAAUGAUUUGUGAUGAAAUUACGUAAUGCCACGUCAGGUGGUAUACCUAAACAGAAUUGCUGACUGUAAUUCUGUUUUUUCAGUGACCUAGACUUCCAAUAACUGGAAUGGUGGAUUUGGAGACCUGGCAGUGUAGUGCGGAGUUUUCAGUGUGCCUGGACAGCAGCUAGGUAAAACAGUACAGUAAAUAACUCAGUGGGCACCUUUGUUUAGUCAAGGUAAGGAAUCUUGGAGGUUUAAAUGCAAUAACAAUAGAAAGCGGGGGAACGGUAGGGUUUGAGUGGUCGUACCAGAAAAAAAGAAAAUUGUCUUUUUCUUUUGGCUAACUUGUUUGACCGAGUAUAAUGAUGAAAAUUCUUGGAACCUCGUUGGACACCUUUUACUUCAAAACAGGAACUCAGAGUUCUCAGAGAACUUCAUGGAAUUUUGAUGGUCUAACUAAAAGUGGUUACUACUCAUUUGUUCAAGUGUUCAAAGUAAGAAAUUUGCAGAUACUAUAGUAAAAUGUGACAGAUUAAUAAACAUAAGAAUAUGCACAGAAA